CAAAAGGGGAAGUGACAGCGGUUUUGGUUUUGUAUGUCUUGAAAGAAACAUAUAUAGCCUCCAUACACUCUUAAGUGCAUUUUGAAACAACACAAGGAUGCCAAGACCUUCUCUUCUCACUUUGAUACUGGCCAGUGCUCUGACUUCUGUAACUGGUGGAUAUAGUAUCAGGCUGGUGAAUGGUAAUAAUGGUUGCUCUGGGAGAGUGGAGAUCCUUUAUAAUGGUCAGUGGGGAACAGUGUGUGAUGAUGACUGGGACAUGAAUGAUGCUGCUGUGGUGUGCAGACAGUUGGGAUGUGGAGGAGCUGUUAGUGCAACCUCCAGCGCCAAUUUUGGCCAGGGAAGUGGUCAGAUCUGGUUGGAUGAUGUGAGAUGUUCAGGAAGUGAAUUAUCCCUCAGACAGUGCUCACACAAUACUAUUGGAAGCCAUAACUGUGGUCACGGUGAAGAUGCAGGUGUCGUCUGCUCACAGGACAUACGAUUGGUCCGUGGAUCUGAUUCAUGCUGUGGAAGAGUGGAGAUCCUUCAUAAUGGUCAGUGGGGAACCGUGUGUGAUGAUAGCUGGGACAUGAAUGAUGCUGCUGUGGUGUGCAGACAGUUACAGUGUGGAUCAGCCAUCAGUGCACCUCAAAGUGCUGCCUUUGGUCAAGGCAGUGGAUCGAUCUGGCUGGAUGAUGUCGGAUGCUCAGGAGGUGAAGGAAAACUCACACAAUGUUCACACAGAGGACUAGGAAAACACGACUGUAAUCAUGGUGAAGAUGCUGGUGUUGUUUGUUCAGCAGGUGACCUGCAGAAGCCCUCACUUUCCCUGAUCUCCACACAUGCAGUUGCUUCUCCUGGAGAAAACAUUCAGUUCAGAUGCACAACACCUAAAUCAAGAUGCAAUGCUGAUGCUGAAUUCCAACUCUUCAUAAAUGGAUCAUCUAUAUUAUCCUCUCAGAAACAUGUAUCUGGUGUGACUUUCAACCUUGUUAAUGUAGGCGUCUCACAUCAGGGCAGCUACAGCUGUAAUUACUCCUACAAAAACAGCAUUAUAAAGUCACCUUGGAGUGACACUGUUAAAAUCACUGUGGUGCACUUGCAGCAGCCCAGCAUUCCCCGCAUUGCUCCUGAUGGACAGUUUGAUGUUGGGCCUCAGGGUUCAGUGAUCCCGUGGGGUCACAGUUUCACUAUCAUCUGUUCCACUGAAUCUCAGUAUACUGGAGGCUCCUUCCACCUGUUUAGAGAAGCAAAUAUCGCCAAGAGUCAGUCAGCUGUCGAUCUCUCUGCCUCCUUCUCCUUUCCUGAGGCAGAUUUUUCACACGAGGGAAACUACAGCUGUGUUUAUGAAGUCAGUGUUUCCUCGCGCAUCUUCCGUUCACCUGCCUCUGAACUGCUGGUCAUCACUAUCACAGUGCACUUGCAGCAGCCCAGCAUUCCCCGCAUUGCUCCUGAUGGACAGUUUGAUGUUGGGUCUCAGGGGUCAGUGAUCACCAGGGGUCACAGUUUCACCAUCAUCUGUUCCACUGAGUCUCAGUAUACUGGAGGCUCCUUCCACCUGUUUGGAGAAGCAAAUAUCGCCAAGAGUCAGUCAGCUGUCGAUCUCUCUGCCUCCUUCUUCUUUCCUGAAUCAGAUUAUUCACACGAGGGAAACUACAGUUGUGUUUAUGAAGUCAGUGUUUCCUCACGCUCCUUCCGUUCACCUGCCUCUGAACUGCUGGUCAUCACUAUCACAGCCUCCCUGCUUCCUGUCAUUGGUGCUGCGGUGUCAGCUGUGCUGCUCUUAUUGUCUGCCCUCAUAAUCAUCCUCCUGGUCAAGAGAAGACAACAACAAAGGAAUAAGGAAACUCAAUUGAAGUGCUCUUUUAAAAAAAGUCCAGCUAAUAUGUAUGCAGGUACAUCCUAUGACAACAAAAAUGAGGAUGAUGAUGAGGCUGAUUAUGAAAAUGUAGAAUCUAAUGAUAAAAACAUGGAUCAUGAUGACUCUGAAGAGGACUAUGUCAAUGUGGACGCGGAUAACUCUGAAGAGGACUAUAUCAAUGUGGACGUGGAUGACUCUGAAGAGGACGAUAUCAAUGUGGACGUGGAUGACUCUGAAGAGGACUAUGUCAAUGUGAAUGUUACAGAGAAUAAAAGUGUGGUACACAAAUCUGAUGAUAACAUUUAUGAAUAGGCCUAUUGAGUGAACCCAAAAUGCUGUAAUUAAUGAGGCUCCAAACAGAUUAAAUAUUGCAGCCAAGUCCAGUUGACAGUGAAUGAAAGAAACAUGUGCUACUUUAAGGUUUAUAUGAACAAAUGUAAGUUAAAAAAACUGAUUUAAAAAGAACAAAAGAACAAAUUUAAAAGGGUUUUAUUUAAUUGUACUACUAGUAGGACAAUUUAGUGCUCUUCCAUUUUCAGUUGCGUUGCCAGUUUUCAACCUGUGCUCCAAACCCCCAGUGGGCCAUGGAGGUACUGCAGGGGGACUGUAAAUAAUUUGUCACAGUUAAAUAGCGUAAUAUGCUAAAUUAUAAGGAUCUUGAGCAUACUGCAAAAUAUUUUAUGUUGCAAUUUUCAAUUUUGCUUUUUUUUUUGCUGUAUAAAGUUUGGGCUAAGAAGUGUAACCUCCACGUAGCUAAACAUUACAUAUUUUUCUAUCAUAAACCAUUUCAGUAUCCAGAUUUUAAAAAUACAGCUUAUCAUUUUCGUAAGUCAUGUAGUGUAAUUCGUAAUUGAACAUGACGAUACAAAAAAGUUGACAGAGCUGUUUCCAGCAAAGUUUAAGAAUGAAUGUGUGCAUGUUGUAAAUAAAUUUAAUGAACGUGGUUAGCUGGCUUUCUUUGAUGCCUUUCAGAAAAUUAAAAUAAAAAUUAAAAUCGCCGUGGAGUACGAGGGGUUGGAAGCUAGUCCCGGCUGAAUUUAAUGGACUGUAUAAUGUUUGGAGAGUUGGAUCCCUUACUUCCUUUAGUCUUGCCUGAAUUUGAAUCAUCAUCAUCAUCAUCAUCAUCAUCAUCAUCUGACCUGCUGACCCCGCCCUACCUCCCUCUCCCACCACCUCUCCAAACCACUAUUAAUGACUUUAUUUGUUUUCCCAGUCUUUGACUGUCUUUGUCUGUUUCCCGCCACAAUCUGUCACCAUGGACACUAUCCCAAUAAUCACAGUUGUUUGUCAUAUGAGUUAAUUAUCUGUGUAUUUAUUUCCCUGUUUUCUGUUCAUUGUUGUCGGGUAUCAUCUAUGUUCGGAUAUGUGUUAUAUUCUUAUCUCUCUGUGGAUUUAUUAAAGACUUCCUUGUAUUCUUCA